AUGCAGCUUAAAGCCUCUAUUCUCCUGAUGGGCGCCGUCGCCGCUGGCUUUGCCUUCGCCGCCCCUGCCGCCGUUGAGCGCUCAGAGCCCGCCGUCGCCGCCAUCACCAACGUUGAGCGCGAUAAUGCUGCCCCCGCUGCCGACUACGGUUACGACCCUCGUCAGUGGGUCUACAAGCGUGACAACGGCGCACCUGCCGCUGACUACGGCUAUGACCCCAGACAGUGGGUCUACAAGCGCGACAACGGCGCACCUGCUGCUGACUAUGGAUACGACCCUCGUCAGUGGGUCUACAAGCGCGACAAUGGUGCCCCUGCUGCUGAUUACGGCUAUGACCCUCGCCAGUGGGCCUACAAGAAGCGUGCUGACGCUCCUGCUGCCGACUAUGGUUACGACCCCCGUCAGUGGGCCUACAAGAAGCGCGAGUCCAAGCCCGUUGAGGAGACGAAGUGA